AUGGUGAUGAUCCACAACGGGCACUUCGAGGCCAUCGCUCCCAAACACGAAGAGCCUAACACCACAGACGUCGGCGACUUGGGGUGGGUGGUGAAUGGCCUGUUUGAGCUCUGUACGACAUCACGGGCUGAUAUUCGGAGGAGCGCGGGUGAGGGGGGUAACAUGGACGCCGGCCCGGAUGCCGGCCCGGAGGCCAGCGGGGAGACCGGAGCGGACGCCAGCAGGGAGACCGGAGCGAACACCAGCGCGGAGGCCAGCGGGGAGACCGGUGGGGAAGCCGGCGGGGAGGCCAGCGGGGAGACCGGCGCGAACACCGGCUCGAAGGCCAGCGGAAAGACCGGCGCGAACACCGGCUCGGAGGCCAGCGGGGAGACCGGUGCGGAGGCCGGCGGGGAGGCCGGAGGCGUGGGUCAUCACGUUUGGUUCCCUGGCACGGAUGACGAUCGCUUCGCUGCGCCGAGUGUGUGCACGGGUGCGGGGGUCGGUCCGGACACGGACGCGGAGGCCGGUGCCGAGCACUCGAACACCGAGCCCCCCAGCACCGAGCCCUCCGUCCAGGCCGCGCGUUUCGUAUGUCUGGGGUAUCUCGGCCACACCAACCCGUUCGAUGCGCUGCGUGAUGGCGAUGGAGAAGCCGAGGACGACGGCGACAUGGUGAACGAGGUGGACGAGAAGCAGCUUGGAACGGAGCACGAGGUGUGUCUGCGUGGGACGGUGUGGAGAAGGUGGACAACGUCGGCGCCGGAGGACGUGGUUUGUCUGCGUGGGACUGUCUGGAAGCGGUGGACGAGGGUGGUGGACCAGGGAACGGGUUGGAUCACCCGGACGAAGAACAUCGGUGGUGCUCGCGGGAGGAAGAAGUCUGGUUGUCACCGUUCGAGGCACAAGAACAGGCGCCGGCGGGAGAAACGGCGUCGCCAGGCGUCACGCCACAAGAGGCGGUGCAGGCGUGGACGUGGGCCCAAAGGUCGCCGGCGACGCGUGUCGUUGCGAGGGGGGGCGGAUCCAGACGAGCAACAACAACAGCAACAAGAGCUCGGUAGGGGCCGCAGGAACCGUCGACAAAAGAUCCUUGAGCUGGUGGCGAUCAACGAUGGCGCUUCCUCUCAGAUCAACAAUGCCGGAAACUCUGCUGCUAUCCAUACAAUAUUAGGAAGCAUAGAUGAAGACAUCGAGGUGCAACUCCAAAGGCAGGACGAGAUCGCAAAGCGGAUACGGGAACGUGAAGCACAAAUUUCGGCGGAGGCUCGAGCUGCGACAACUCGGGAUCUACUGCUGUCGGUCAACGACAGUGGCGACGACAGGGAGGAAAAGUGCAAGGAGUGCAAGCAACAUUUCGAUGAUGACACCGAUAUGAUGACGUGUUCUCGCUGCGAGGAGUGCUGGCACCGGGAGUGUACGGAUGACCCGCAAUGCAACAACAUUGACACGAUGAGGGCAAAGAAAGCUCGAGCGCGGUGGGGUAUAGAAGCCGACGGGGAUAUCAGUGGAGACGAUGACAGCGGUGGCAGCAGUGGAGAUGCCAGCGGAGACGAGGGCAGUGAUAGUGACAGUACAAAAUCAGCAAAAACGCGAGCAAGUAGGUCCCCGCACAUCGACCUUGUUGAAGCCAAAAGGGAAGAGGACCGUGAGAUCACCGGGGCGAACAUGGACGCCCAACGUGCGAUCGCCAAAAAGAAAAAAGAGGACCGGCCGAUCCCGGAUACUCGCUAUCUGACGAGGAACGAUGUCAUCGAAGCUGCUAGAGCCAUCAGAGCGAAGGAGGAAAUCGAUAGCGUCAUCAUGCCGAAGUUGGAGAAAAGGAUCCACGGGAGGGUCGUGGCAGCAAGGAGGGAUGUAGACGGGUCCUUGCAAUACCGUGUCAAGUUGGAAAGCAAACACCGCAAGACCAAGGGGACCAACAAAAAGCUCAACACCCGCCAACUUCUCGAGGCUGCCGUGGGCAAGGGGGUCGUCCGGUGGGAAGAGGAGGUGAAGCGGGUGAGAAAGGUUUUCUGCGCUAUUCUCUCCUUCGUAUGCUGUCCUCUCUACAAGUUCGUCACCAACGACCCAAAGGUGAAGCGAAAAGUGAAGCCGGUCAAUUUGAAAGGGGAAGAGGGAACGAAAGCUGUCGAGAUUCGCAAGUUUGCGUGGAACGAGAUUCAGGAUGCGCCUGCUACGCAUGUGGUCAAUGACCACGAAAAAAAACUUCUCGCCUCGGACGAAAGAUUAGAGCAGGAGCUUGGUGAAAACGGCACUCUUGCAAGAGUUCUGGGCACCAACCUUGACGCGUACUCCAGAUUAAUGCGUGAGCGAAAGGACUACGCGAAACAGCACUACAGCACCGCGGACCACUACGUCAAAGUAGCUCAGGCUGCGUACAAGCUGGGUCGAUUGAUGAGCUUUGAGUCCUGCAUGGCUCCGUUGUCCGUGGGUGGCGUCCACGACGAGCUUCCACCGGGAGUCAGGCUUGCGCACGAGGAGCAGAGGAAGAUUACGCUGACGAUUCUCAAGAAGGAGGCUAGUGAGGCGGGGUAUGGGUUGGCCAUGCGGGCUCUGGUGGCGAGGGCUCGGGUUUCCGACGAACUGUGUCAAUGGUACGCGUAUGCGCCACUGUACAUGGUGAUGUUGUUCAGCCGUCCCGAGAUAGACAAGAAGUCAAUUAAGCCGACUACAGAGAACACGAGCAGGCUCAGCCCUACGCGAAAGCAUACUAUUGCCUUCAACGAAGCGAUGGAGUUCAGUAGAACUAGAAUAGCGGAUCUAGAGGUUGUCGAUCUGUGGUACAAACAGUACGAGUACGUAGCCAAAGAGAAGAAAAGGUUGUCUGUUAUCUGGGAAAACAAGAGGGUGCGGAUGGGCUAUGGCCCAAAGGUCAAAGGUGGGAGGACGCAUAAGUCGGGCAACAAUGAAUCUAUACUCUUCAUGCGAAAGAUGUUGAAAGAGAAUGGUGUAAAGCCUGUCAUGGACUUAAUGAGUGACGAGGAUAUGGAGGUGUGUUACCGGGUGCUGGAAGCGGACCCAGAUGCAGUCGGGUAG